UCCACUCUACUCCAAAGUCAGAGAUACAGAAGAUGAAGUUCCUGUGGUUGCUGAUUGCCGUCGUGGCCCUCGUGGCUGCUGACGAUAGCGGCUCCCCUUCCCGCACUGACGACGACGACCACGACGACGAUAACGCUGCUGGGGGCGUCGAGGGUCGUACCGGAGCAGGAAGAAAGCAGGGAUCAAACAGAUUCUUCGAUGGUGGCUUUGGCGGUGGUAUUGGCGGAGGAUUUGGAGGAGGAUUUGGAGUACAGGGAGGAUUUGGAGGAGGAUUAGGAGGACUGGGAGGAAUAGGUGCUGGUUUGGGUGCUCUUGGUGGGCUUGGUGGCAUUGGGGGUAUCGGCGGUAUUGGUGGUAUUGGCGGUCUCGGUGCUGUCAGGCCCCCAAGUGACUGCCGUUACUGGUGCAGGACGCCCCAGGGUCAGGCCUACUGCUGCGAGAGCGCCCACGAACCCCAGAGCUUUGCUGGAGUAGUCAAACCAGGAUUCUGCCCUCCCGUCCGCCCCCUCUGUCCACCCGUCAGGAACUUCCUCCCACCAGCACCCUGCUCCAACGAUGGCGCCUGCGGUGGUGUUGACAAGUGCUGCUUCGACACCUGUCUGCAGCAGCACGUGUGCAAGCCCCCUCUAGGCUUCGGACGUCGCUAAGACGCCUUUCACUCCAAAGCUUCCUCUGUAAAAAUAUCCCCACUCCCCUUGUAAAAACGUUUCUUUGUAAUUAAUGUACAGUGCCUGAAUAAGUAUAUGAUAUCUCAUUCUCUAAAUAAAAUCUUUGAUAAUACACUA